GUGGUGGCACCGCCCGGCCCGGGGCGCUGUGCGUGCUGUGCGCUGUGUGGGGCGGCGGCGCCCGGAAGUGACGCGUGCGGCCGCCGGGCACCGCUGUGCCAGAGGGAGCGAGGCCGCGGCCCGCGCACCGCGCCCGCAGAUGGACCAGUCGUCUCCAACCUACAUGCUUGCCAACCUAACCCACUUGCAUUCUGAGCAGCUUCUGCAAGGCUUGAACCUCCUUCGCCAGCAUCACGAGCUGUGUGACAUUGUCCUCAGAGUUGGCGAUGUUAAGAUCCAUGCCCACAAAGUGGUGCUCGCCAGCAUCAGUCCGUACUUCAAAGCCAUGUUCACCGGGAACCUUUCUGAGAAGGAAAAUUCCGAGGUAGAGUUCCAGUGCGUGGACGAAGCAGCCCUGCAGGCCAUCGUGGAGUACGCCUACACAGGAACCGUGUUCAUCUCACAGGACACUGUGGAGUCGCUUCUUCCAGCUGCAAAUCUUCUCCAAAUCAAGCUGGUGGUGAAGGAGUGCUGCGCCUUCCUGGAGAGCCAGCUUGAUCCUGGCAACUGCAUCGGGAUUUCUCGUUUUGCAGAGACCUACGGCUGCCACGACCUAUACUUGGCUGCGAACAAGUACAUUUGUCAAAACUUUGAAGAUGUCUGUCAGACUGAAGAAUUCUUUGAGCUUACGCAUUCUGAAUUGGAUGAGAUCGUUUCCAAUGACUGCUUGAAUGUUGUGACGGAAGAAACGGUUUUUUAUGCACUGGAGUCCUGGAUCAAAUACGACGUCCAGGAGCGACAGAAGUACUUAGCACAGCUGCUGCACUGCGUCCGACUGCCGCUGCUGAGCGUGAAGUUUCUUACAAGGCUGUACGAAGCAAACCAUCUCAUUCGUGAUGACCACACCUGCAAACAUCUUCUAAACGAGGCUCUAAAAUAUCACUUCAUGCCCGAACACAGACUUUCCCACCAGACCAUGCUGAUGACACGACCUCGCUGUGCUCCUAAAGUUCUGUGUGCUGUAGGAGGGAAGGCCGGGCUGUUUGCGUGUUUAGAAAGUGUUGAAAUGUAUUUUCCCCAGAACGAUUCCUGGAUAGGCCUGGCACCUCUUAGCAUUCCCCGCUAUGAAUUUGGAAUAUGUGUCCUAGACCAGAAAAUCUAUGUUGUAGGAGGGAUCGCAACUCACGUGUGUCAAGGCAUCAGCUACCGGAAGCACGAGAACUCGGUGGAGUGCUGGGACCCCGACACGAACACUUGGACGUCUCUGGAGAGGAUGUUUGAGAGCCGGAGCACGCUGGGAGUGGUGGUUCUGGCAGGAGAGCUCUAUGCCCUCGGGGGCUACGAUGGGCAGUCGUAUUUACGAACUGUAGAGAAAUACAUUCCUAAAGUUAAGGAGUGGCAGCUAGUGGCCCCAAUGAACAAAACGAGAAGUUGCUUUGCUGCAGCUGUCUUAGAUGGAAUGAUAUAUGCCAUUGGUGGCUAUGGUCCUGCCCAUAUGAACAGCAUGGAACGCUACGAUCCAAGCAAAAACUCGUGGGAGACGGUAGCUUCAAUGGCUGAUAAACGAAUAAACUUCGGCGUUGGCGUCAUGCUGGGCUUCAUUUUUGUGGUGGGCGGGCACAACGGUGUGUCUCACUUGUCGAGCAUCGAGAGGUACGAUCCCCAUCAGAAUCAGUGGACAGUGUGCCGACCCAUGAAGGAACCCAGAACAGGAGUGGGUGCAGCUGUCAUUGAUAACUACCUUUACGUAGUUGGAGGUCAUUCAGGGUCAUCUUACCUGAACACUGUACAGAAGUAUGACCCCAUCUCAGAUACCUGGCUGGACUCUGCUGGUAUGAUGUACUGCCGCUGCAAUUUUGGUUUGACCGCGCUUUGAUGACAAGCAGGACUUCAUGGACCCGAUGCAAGGAUGGAACUUGAUCUGGCUGAAGAUAAACCCUGCCGCUGGAGACCAUACGCUGCGUUUUCUGGAGCUACAAAGUUGCAGGAACGCGGUGGAGUGGUGGUUGAAGUGAGGAAGGAAUCAUUUCCUUUUGGUUGCUGGCCUUGUUACUUCGGUGCCACGGGCAGCAGGAGCGGGAAGCUCACCAGCAGCGGGGCUCGGGUAGCAUCCUGUUACAGGCAGAGAACUUUACCGAGUACUGUACAUGCCUAGGACGUGGUUAGGACACUCACUGUCUGUCUGACCCUUUCACUUUCUAGAGCUUUUCUCUCUUCCUCCUGCCUACUAAGAAACAUGAAGUUUACUGUGCUUGGGGUGAGAGACGUAUGAGUGUGCCGUGUGACUGGGUUCUGCUGAUGGCUGCCCGGUUGUGUCUUCACAUUGAGAAAAUGCCAGUGCUUCAUAAUUUUUUUAUGAACAGUAACUAAAGGGCUGCCUUGUUUCUGCAUCUCAAGGUCUGUAAAUAAUAAAUGCCAUAGUCCGUUGCCUGUACGCUCUCCUUUGUGGCUGCUUGCUGGUGGGAGGGCUGGGACGAUUAGUGGCUGCUUAAAGAAAUUUGCAAGGCGCUUUUAUUGCCUUGCAACAAAGCAUCCCGAUCUGAUGAAGGAAAGUCACCUUGUUAAACUUUCCCUCGUAUUUCUCUCUUGCGUGGGUAACUGAGCAGCAGAGUCGGCGACUCAGUCUUGCUGGUCUGCUGACUGGUUUCAGUUGUGAUGCAAAGAGAAACUGCGGCAGCAAUGCAUCAGAAAAUGUCACAGCAGCAUUCGUAGCGUGACGUAAAAUGAAUACUCAGAAAAUAAUCAGUCCCAUCCUUCCCCAAAGCACAUGUGUGUCUGGAUUCCCUACAGAAAUUCCCUUUCUGAAAGAAUGUAUGAUGGCUUUCUCGGAGUGCUGGGAUCUCAGGACGGUGCUAGCUGUGUGCCCUGGCUCUGUGGCUGUCCGUGCUGCUGGUGCAGUGUGUGGGAAGCACGGUGGCUGUGGUUGUGCUGGUGGUUUUCCUUCUUACUCGCUUGAGACAUUUGUGCCUAUGAAAACUGUCAAGAGUAACACAAUGUAGUGAAUGAGCUCUAUGUGUGUUGCCUUUUUAUCUUUCCCCGAUAUCUGUGUUUCUUGUUCUCACAAAUACAUAUGUGUGGAGUGAGCAGUAAGAUCCCAGCCCGGGUUCUUGCCCUUCAUGAGCCCAGGGCACGGUGCUUGUGAACAUGGUCCAGGGCUCGGUCCCACUGCGACACGAGGUGAUAACUGCGUGACGGCCCCGAGCUUGGUGACAAUGUAGGCAGGUAAAUGGAAGCUGAUGCUGCGGGUUGUAGCCGUUAUUUCAAAAUAGAUGAGUGAGUAAAUAGCAUUUCUAGCUCAUUUAGCACAUGUUGGUUUGUCUUCUGCUUUGAACUGGGAGAAGUGGUUUUCCUGAAUUUCUGUUCUGUUUGCGUGUUGCCAGACCUGGUACUUAGGAAGCGUUCUGCCUCGAGUUCCUUCUCUUCUACCAUGUUAAGUUAACGUUUGUUUCCCCUUGUUUUCCAAGCCCCCGUAGUAUUGUUUUUGAAGGUGCAAUAAUAUUUAAAACAGUUGCUUUAAAAGCCAUUUCUUUAUAGGUAUGCGUAGCAGACAUCUUCCGAGUACACUUAAUUUAUUUUGAAGUUCCUGCAGAGCUGAUUGCAGCUGGGCAAGCAGAAGUGUUCUUUGUUCUUCCACAAGGCAUCACUCAGAUGUAAGCAGCCGAGGGAGCGCGGGGGCUUUCACCGUACGGCGCCGUGCACCCAUAGCAGGUGCCUGCACGGGUCACAAUCCUGCACGUGUUCUUCAGGUUUGGUAGAAUUAAGCAGGAAUUGAAAAGCAAAUCAUUCACGGUGUCAGAGUUCUCAGUGCGGUUCGUGGGACCCAGCAAGGCUUUCUGGUUCAAUAGCAAUAAUAACAUAACUGGAUUAUGCCAGUGGAUCGUUCCGCGGGACGCGAGUAACUGCACUGUGUGGGAAUGCAGAAGAGGGGGGCAGCUGGGGCAGGUUAGAGAAGUGAUGGUGCUUCGGUCUGCAGAGAUCACCUUCACGUUCCUGUCCUGGUGAACGCACAAGGGGAAUGCUUCCGUGCGCUCUUCUCAUUUACAGCGCCCCAGGUGCCAUCGGUUGGGAUGUUUUCCGAUAUCUGUCAGGAGAUGAAGUUGUUUGACUAUCUGAUAUUAAAGAAGAAAAUGUUCUUGCUUAAAGUCAGGCGUGUGGCUCUAAGCAGUAGGAGGUGUCCUUGCAGGUCAGUGUGUGCCGUGCUGCUCCGAGUUCAGCCGCAGGAGGAUUCCGUGAAUGAAGAUGUCAGUGCAUCUUAGAUUGAAACACUCCCACUGAAAGUACCAGGAAAUUCUCUUUCUGGUUAGGAGGAGGUGGUGUGAGAGACAGAAAUCGUUUUGAUGUCAUCAGAACAAAAAGAAAUCCAUUUUUUUUUAGCGUGGUAUUAUUGGUUAUUCCAUGCAAACAUCUUUCCUUGACGGAAGGCAGAACACUUCAAGUCGCAAGGUGUUUCAUGAUGUUCAUCUGAGCAGCAGCAAUACUACAUCAGGUGGUAGGGAUGGACCCCGAGUCGUCUCAUGUGGUAUCAAUAAACUUGAAGGUAGCAGCAAAAUCGGUUCCCGUCGUACGCAGCCUCAGGGUUCAGAAUGGGAAGAGCAGGUGAUGGAAUGGCUGCUGCUGUUGGAUGAGCUGCUGGGCUGGCUGGAAACGGGUCAGCAGAGCAUCGGGUGCGGGCACAGCGUCAGCUCCAUCGUGCUGCCUUCAUUCUGAUCCAGGCACUUGGUUAUGGGACGGCCAGCCACAGUGGCUCCUUUAAACCUGCAUCUCAAAUACAAUACUCCUGUUGUCAUUGUCUGUCUUGCAGCUGAAAAUGGAAGGACCUUCAAGGAAGACGUCAUGCAACUAUAAAUUAUCGUCCAGUUCUGUUUUGUAGUCACUCAGAAUGAUCUGCAAAGCACUUUAAAAUGGGCACGAGUCUGUACGUGUACGCGUAGCUCCCGAAUUGCUGCUCUUUUAACCCACAUCUUCAUCUGUAAGCUUCUUGCCUGCCUCUCCUCCCAGGAAUGCUCUUCUUCCAGGGGCCCUCCUUGGGAUUGCAAGGGGCACGUGUGUCCCGUGCACAUCGCUCCGCUCCCUAUUGCUGGGAGACAGCGUGUUACCAUUGUGAAGCUGCCAUCAGCAAGUCCCCAUCCGUUAUCUAAAACAAUGCAAAAUGUCCAAGCUUGCCUUAAAUUGUUGAUACUGAACUGAAACGCAAAGAUCCGGAUGAUAAUUCCUAUUUUUUUUUUUUAUUUUUUUUUUUUGUCUUAUGAGCUGUGCUGUGUUUUAAACCCAAGGAGAACUAUAAUUUUGAGCAGGAUUUACUAACACCAAAACGUGCUCGGCUUUCCUGGAGAGCUUUGGAGGGGAGGGGAGUGCUGUGUGCAGCUCUGUGUCCGUAGGGCGUCCUCACGCGCGCUCCUUUCUUAGCAGCAGUGGUUUCCUUCUUGUUUACAAUGUGCUCUUUGAGUUCAGCAGGAAAUGAACUGUAACGUGCAUCCUCGUUCCUUCCCGGUGUUCUCGACGUGUCGGCUCUUGUGAUCAUGCUCUGUAAUGAUUCUUGUAGCUGUUUCCUGGAGCGUGAAGCAGUUUAGUAAAUAAACCCGGAGUAAAGCUUGCUUUCACA